AUGACUCGUACCGAGUCCGGACUCAGUGUAUCCGGAAAACAAAAACAAGAAAAAGGCUCUAAAAUGCCUCCCUUUCUUCCACUCCCCCAUAUGCGAACCAGACCAGACGACGCGAUGACACCCAUCUCCUACCAGACUUUCAUCUCUGACAUAGACACAGCCGUCGACUCCACUCUAGCCGACGAUUCCAUCACAGGGUUUGAAUUAAAAUUUCUCCAUGAGAACCACCGUCUCGCCAACCGCUGCCACCCUGAUCAGCAUAAAGAAUCUAAAAACAUUAAAUUGAAGGGACGAUUCUAG